AUGGCCGAUUUAAAGGCGGAUUUGAAGAAGCCACUGCUUCCUCCGCGCAGACCUCCCGUACCCACAAUCAUCCCCCCGCAGCCUCCCCCAGUUGGCGGGCUCUCCGCCGCUCUCCCCGGUCCUCCGCAAGCCCAGUUCCGCCUAGGCGGAAAACCCCCACCUGCUCCAGCUCCCUCUGCCGCGCCAUUAUCCCCGCGCCUCUCGCCGCUACUCACGCCGCAUUUUACGGGCACUGCCGCCAGUAGGGACCUAGGAUCCGCCUCGUCCGCGUCCGGCUCGAUAGCAUCGGGGGGAACGGGAACUAGCGCGGUCACCAACGGCCUGCGGGGAGGCGGAGGCGGAGGGUUAGGGGGAGCGGGAGGAGUAGGCGGAGGGUUCGGGGGAGCGGGGGCUCCGCCUCCUCCGCCGAUGGGGCCGAAGAAGAAGCGCGGGCAGGGCGUGCGGUCGUGGAUUAGAAUCGACCCGUCGGGGGAAGUUAGCAUCCUGGAAGUGGACAAAGGCACUCUGAUGCGCCGAUGUGACCUCCCCGGGCGAGACCUGCGGCUGCUGGACCCAGUGUUUGUGUAUCCGUCCACCAUCCUGGGGCGAGAGCGCGCCAUGGUGGUGAAUCUGGAGAGCAUCCGCUGCAUCAUCACAGCGGACGAGGUGCUCCUGCUCAAUGUCACCGACCCUGCCGUGCAGCAGUUCAAGCAAGCACUGCAGCGGCGGCUGCUGCUGGGCAUGGCUGCCCCCUCUGACUUCAGAGUGCUGUGGGGAACGGAGAGACCAGGAGAGAAUGGCUUCACACUGGAUGCUCCAAACGCCAGCAUUCAGAGACGCGAGAUCAGCAGUGAGGACAUGUUCAGCGGAUCGGGCAGCACAGCAGAGGAGGACGACUUGCCCUUCGAGUUUAAGGCUCUUGAGCUUGCCCUCGAGCUUUCCUGCUCGGGCCUCGAUCGACAGGCGCAGGAGCUAGCACAGGAAGCGUAUCCGCUAUUGGAGCGUCUUGCGUUUCAGAUCAGUACAACCAACCUGGAGCUCGUGCGGCGCAUCAAGAGCAGCCUGCUGGGCCUCACCCGUCGCGUGCAAAAGGUGAGGGACGAGAUAGAGCAACUGAUGGACGACGAUGGGGACAUGGCGGAGAUGUACCUCACCCAGAAGCGCCUGCUGGCAGAGGAGCGCAGUGAGAGCGAGCGAUUAGGGGGGCACCGGGAUGACGGCAGCGACCACUCGCACACUCCGAGGGAGUCCCUUGGGGGGUUCGGAUCGUCCAUUUCUGCUCCUGUGUCGCCAGCUGGCUCUCCAACCAAACAUGGAAGCCACUACCUCGACGGUCGGCCGUCCGGCUUGGGUGGAGCGCCGCCGUCCAUCAGCUUCUGGAGCGGUGCGCACAGCGCCAGUGACAGCACGGCGACAAGUGUGGAGAACGUGGAGGAACUAGAAAUGCUGCUGGAGGCAUACUUUGUGGUGAUUGAUGGCACGCUGAACAAGCUGACGCAGCUGUCGCAAUACAUUGAUGACACGGAGGAUUUCAUUAAUAUUCAGCUGGAUAAUGUUCGCAAUCAGCUCAUUCAAUUCGAACUCAUCAUGACCACCGCUGGGUUCGUGGUGGCGCUGUGGGGGGUGAUAGCGGGCACGUUUGGGAUGAACGUGCCUUUGGGCCUGGAGGAGGACCCGUCGGCCCUCAAGUGGAUCCUCAUUGACUCGGGUGUGGGCGGUGUCCUCAUCUUCCUCGCCUUCCUCGCAUUCUUCCGAUACAAGAAUUGGACCAUCACUUGA